CGGCGGCCAUGGAGCGCUACGUGCUGCUCCUCGGCUGCGGGGCUGCGGCGGGCGGCGCCGAGCACGGAGCCGGCGCUGGAGCAGCUGUGACUGUUGCAAAUGUCUAUAAGCUCCUGAAAGAAAAAUGUAAUUCAUCUAUCAAAACAGAUACAAUGACAUUUCCAGCAUGUUCGGUGGCUGGUAUUCCAGGCAUAAAGAAAUGGUACUUUGCAAGUCAUGUUAUAGGUGGUUAUUAUCAGUUCUGCAGUUCUGACUGGGAGGAAAUAAAUUCUGACACGCAGAAAAAUGAAGACUCUCUCCAAACAACUAUUGAGAAGUGUCUGGGAAACAUACAGAACUUUGAGGAAGAUGACAAUAACAGUAGAGAGUCACUGUCUAUGGCUGAUGUUUAUGAUGAAGCUGCGGAAAGUCUGCAUCAGUUGGCUGACAGACUGCCUGCCCCAGGAAGAGCAAUGGUGGAUAUAAUAAUACAGGCUGUCGAAGGAGAUGCACCCAAGUUAAAAGACUGCUUACCUGUGAUUGGUGCCCUGAAACACCUGAGAGAAUGGCACUCUGCGCAAAUCACCAUUGCAACAAGUGAUUCUAAAGGCUGGCAAAAGAUUGCAGACUACCUAUCAGCAGACUUUGUCUCUUCAGAUAAUGUCAUGGAUGUUAUCGAUUUAAAAGAACUCUGGAGGGGAAAGAUUCAGAUAUGGGAAAGAAAGUUUGCAUCAGAAGUUAGCUUUCCAGAAUUUUGUAUGAAGAGCACUUCAGCAAAACCUCUCAGCACUUCACAUGUAAAUUCUUGCUUUGCUGUUAAGGAAGAGCAACGAUGUAUGAAUUCUGAUGCUUUGCCAGAGGUUUUUCAUUACUAUGGUCCUGCAUUAGAGUUUUUACGGAUGGUUGACCUCUCUGAACUCCCCCCCUUUUUUAUCUCAGAUCUGAAAUUUGAGCUGAGCCUGGCAAGAAAGGGUAGAAAACAGAUGUCUGCGCUGCUUUUGGAUCAGAUUUCUUCUCUCUCUGGGAAGGUGGGAGCUUUAGUUUCAUUAGCAUGCAAUGUAAGCAGCGUAGCGAUCCCAUCCCCUGCCCAGCUGAGUACAAAGAAGUGGAAGGAAUAUAUGGCUAGGAAACCUAAGGUCAUUACUGUUCCAGAAAUUGAUCUGAAAGGAGAUUCUUGCCGAUACUAUUUCUUGCUACAAGGCAACGGUUCAGGAGGAUGUAAAGCAACCUUGAUUCAUUCUGCUACCCAAAUCAAUGGUAUGGCCACUCUUGCCACUGUAAAUAGAAUGCUGAAGACAAAUGUAGGAGAAACAGAGUCAAGCUUUCCUACUGAUGACUUUAUUGAGUCUCUGCCACGGUUUUGUGGAAAGCAAAUUGUACAGAGAGAAAAGAAACUGUCACAUCUCCAGGCAUCUGCCUUGAAGGAGUAUCUCAAGAGAAAGAAAUUGACUGAGCAGCCUCCAGUUAUUUCUACUGAUGAGCUCAAAAGCUUGUUAGAACUUACAAGAGAAUGCUUCUUGGACCUGUGGAACACUGAUGUUCCUGAACCUGUUCAGCAGAAGACUGACAAUAAAACUAGUUCAUGUACAGUGGCUUCUGAAUCAGAUUUAGUGGAGCCAAAUCCAUUGGAAUGGCCGGAAAGACAUGUUCUUCAGAAUUUGGAAAACUUCGAAAAAAUCAAACAAAAAAUGAGAGCUUCUAUGCUUGCACAUUCAUCUGAACAACUGCUUGGACAUAAAGAUAGCCAGCGAGAGUCACUGACGUCACUCGAUGCGAAGGAGUUACUGAAAUACUUCACACCAGAAGGGCUGCCAGUUGGUGAUCUUCAGCCACUGCAUAUUCCCAAACGCGAAAAUGCAUUCUUUUUGACACCUGAGCUUACUCCUCGGAAGCUGAGAGGUCUGCCUUUUGAAAAAGCAGCUGGAUGCCAUUAUCAUGGAAUUGAAUACUGUCUAGAUAACAGGAAAGCUUUAGAGAGAGACUUGGGAUAUGCUGAACUUCAAGCUCGUCUUAUUCGCUACGAAACUCAGACCACUUGCACCAAGGAGUGCUGCCCUCUGCCGUUCGUCUUGAGCCCCCUGCCGGCUGUCUUGAGCCCCCUGCCAUCUCCUGCAGUCUCGUCGGAGCCUGGAAGCGUCCCCGAUGGAGAGUCUUUACAAAGUGAAUUCAGAACAGAGGUACUGAGGCUAAAACGCAGAUCAAAAGACUUGGAUUGCUUUCAUCCCAAGAAAAGGCUAACGAAAUCAGAGAGUACAGACUCUCUCUUCUCCCAAGCAAGUGGGGGAAGUGGGAGUCGUAAUGCACUGGUGGUAACCAGGAAGCGCUCUGAAAGAUCAGUUUCUUUAACUUCGAUGGCAUUGAAGCAGUCUGGUCAGUCCCACAAAGCAGCCACGAGGGCUGGUUCAGCGAGCUGCGUAAGUGCAACAGAAUCUGAGACUUCAAAGCCAGUUAAAGAAUCAAGAUCUCAGAAACAUACAAGGAUGCUGAAGGAGGUGGUAGCCAAGACUCUACAAAAACAUGGAAUUGCUGAGGAUCACAAGUGCUUUCCAUCAUGCAGCCAACGUCUAUUCGAGAUAUCGAAGUUUUACUUAAAGGAUCUUAAAACUUCUAGAGGACUUCUUGAUGAAAUGAAAAAAACAGCAAGUAACAAUGCUAAGCAGGUGAUUGAAUGGAUUCUGGAGAAAACUGGCAAGUAGACACUGCAGAGACACAGCACUUCUGACUGCAGGAAAAACAUUAUACUGAGUAACACAUGCAACCACCUACUCAAGCACCAGAAGAACUUGGUCAGUAUAAUGACACAGUCACAGUUCUCAAACACAGCAGCAUCUUUUGAAACAUUUUAUACUGAAAGAUUUCUUAAAUCAAGUGAGAAAGGCUUUAUCUUAUAUGUUAUUUAUUAUGUUUUAUUAUUAAGAAGAAUACAGCUUGGCUUGUUUUUUAUAAGGCUUUGUAUGUUUUUCAAUGGGUGUAUUUUUACUGUGAAUUAAAACAAAAAAUGCUGGAUCUAAUUUUCAUAAUGGGACCACUUUGUUCUACCUUUUGCACAAAGGCCUCUGUUCUAUUUAUUACUACUUGCUGUUGUAUAUACUGAAUAAAACUGUUUAAAGCAUGGACCUUUGAUGUUUUAUACUGUAGCUGACAACAGUUCCUAUUCUGAAACUGAAAACAAUUAGAAUUUGAAUAGAUGUUUUGUAAUAGAUGGAAAAAAAAGCAUGUCUUCUGGGAUUUGAUGAAAGGUCCCAAAAAAGGUGCAUUAAUGCCAGAAUCAGAAGAUUCAGAAGCCUGAAAUUCUGGUAAAAUUUCAUGUGUAGUCUUGCUAACAAUUCUUAGAAACAGUUCAGAACAGAAUUUUUUUCCCCUCAUUCCUCCCUUACCUCUCUACAGUGUACACAGUGAGCCCUGGCUUUAUGUGCUACCUCACUUCAUAAGCAAGUAGAACUGAGCAGUUAAUUAAAUUGAAAUUAAAUUAAUUCUGUAGACUCGAGGCCAGCCUGAAACAAUCAACAGGAAUGCAGUUAGGGAACUAUGAGCAGUUUGAUGGAUCAUUUGUUUGCAUGAUUCCAAUACUAAACUAAUACAGUACUGCCCAUGUCUCAUUUUCACUUCAUUAUUACGUUGUUGGUUUGUUUUGUUUAUAGCUAGUUCAUAAUGAUGGCUUAAUAACUCACUGUGCCCCAUUUGAGCUGUGAUUACUGUCCCUGUGCCUGCUCUUAGCCUACAAAAAGUACACAAGCUCAUUUGUUCUGGCCUACAAUUACAGCACUAAAACAAACUAUUUUGCAAGUACCAUACUUUUUAAUCCCCACAUUUAAGAUUUCCUGUGGCAUGACUGCUGUGCAGUAACUUUUGUGAUAUGGAAAGUAAUAUCACUAUGCCUCUGAACUUCACAAUUUUUGUUUAUGGAAGAGAAACCCAGAAUCUAGUCUGACCUACACACACUUUGCUGCAUAAGCCUUAGAUAUUUGCUGUCAUGUUUCUGCACAUCAAAAUGUAAGUCAUCAACAUAAGUAGUGUCUAUCCACAACCAUGCUAUGUGCUUACAGAAGAGCAGGGUAAAACAAAUCUGAUAUGGUGAUGGUGAGAUGAUUACUUAACAAACAGUUCUUUCUUGGGAGUUGUUUUCUAAUCUCUGUCAUUAUUUAACAAGCACAGAAGUUCUGAUGAAGUAAACAAACUGAAUGGCUGUCUGAUAUGGAACAGCACUGAUGUGUUCACAGGAGGUGGAGACUUUUUUCUUCACAGUUUAAUUUCAAACAGUUUAAUUUGCUUAUAUCAGGCAAGAUGAGAGUUUCCUGAAAUUCUGCUAGUAUAACCUCCUGUUAAAAAUUACCAAUUAUUUUAUGUUUUUUGUUACUUUCUGGUAAAAUAGCCUCACUAGAUGGCUAGUUAGAAACUUCUGUUUGCCUCUUAAAAAACAAAACAAGCAAAAAAAAAUUUACAAAUCAACAAUAGUGUAACAAUCCAGAGUGCUUUGAGGUAAACCAAAGCAGUACUAAUUAGGUUUUAAACAUGGCUAAGAGAACACUGAGAACUUUCUUUGCAGAUGGAAAUCAUAGAUCACAGAACCAUAGAAUGGUUUGGGUUGGAAGGGACCUUUAAGAUCAUGUAGUUCCAACUCCCUGCUGUAGG